CUGAACGUUUCGGGCAUGUGUUGCGGGAGCUCCUAUUUUGUUUAAAUUUAACCAGUUCCUUAGAUAAUGAGUCAUCCUAAAUGACAUACAAUUUAAUGGAUACACAUAUUGUUCAGCGAGAAAAUGCGCUCCGUACGGUACGAAUCGUAUGCGCCAAUGAAAGGAAAAAGCGAGGAAAUGUCACAAGCAGCGACAGACCCGCGUGACCAACCACGACCCUGAUCCGUGCUCAGUCCAGGACGUUUAGGAGGCUGUGAUGGUUUGUGGUGGAUUUGUUUUGAGUUCCGUUGUUACCAAGUUUAAUGUUUUCCCUCCCAAUGUAGAAUUUGCAAUGUUCAGUAUCGGUGUAAGUCUAUAGCAUAAUUGCUGUGCUAUAUAAAGGUCAAGACUGAGUUAUUUUUAUUGUGGGAGUUUUAAUGAUGUGGUUCAUACCUUGAGGGUAUGUCAGUACUGUAACCUAGUUUUAGAGUUACAAUUGAAGUCGGUUACAUAUUUUGAUCUAAAGUGGAGUCACAGUGGGCAUUUUCUUGAAAUAUCGAGAAAGAAGAUGAUUGUAUAUACGAGACAAGUAAUGUACAAAAUUCAGAACAGCAAAGAAAUGCGAUGAGUAGAAAUGAAUUACUCCAUGGCGCAGAGUCGAUCUUGAAAAGGUAACAAAAUGGCAUACCUUCAUGGGAGAAAACUAUAUAAAGCACUAGAUGACUUGAGUAAGAGAAUUCCUGUGGUAAAACUGGAGCGACUGGAAGCAGUGUACCCAAAUUUCAAGGAAGCUGCUCAUGAGUCACUGGUGUAUUCUGACAAGGCUAAUAAAAAGAAGAGAGAACAAAGUAAUGUGAAUAGAGAAUUUGACAGAAGAGUAACAGGAGAGUCAAAUGAUUGUGGUAGAUCAAUAUUUCCUGAUAGUUGCAAUGCACACUGUCAAGUUGAUGACUCAUCCUAUUCAGAGCCUCCAAAGAAACAGUAUAAAUUCGAGGAAGAUAGUGCCAGGUUUGAUGGUUUGCUGUCCAAAUCCUCAAUACCUGGCCAGCUGGAUGUUGUGAUUGAAGAACGAAACACAGCGAACAAUAGAUCUGUGGUGAAAAGUGAAGUAGUGACAGUUGAGUGUGAUCCAAAUGUGAUCUUAACAUUUCCAGGCAAUGAUGAUAAUGCUCUAGAUCUACUAUCAUUAGCUGUGAGUGAUAAAAAUAAAGGGCCCAUCAUAAAAUCAAAAACUAACAGUGGGAAAGAUGAAAGUGACCUGUGUCUGCAAAAGCAUGCGGGAAAAAAUGAUUCUAAAGUGAGUACGUUGACAUUCUGGGAAAGAGAAAGAUCUGGGACAAAAUUGCCGGUGUUGUCUGGAAACAGUGGGACAGAAGUAAACUUACCAACAUUCUCUGAAAAUGGUGUACGGAUAUCUGAAAAUAACAGAUGUGAGAUAAAUCCAGUUGCUUACUCUAGGGAUAAUGUGUCUGCAGUAAAUCCACCAUCUUGCUCUGGAAUGAACGGACCACAUCCAGAGCCACAUGUGUGUGGUGAAAGUAACAGAUCUGGAAUAAAUCCAUCAAUUUACUCUGGUGCGGGAAUUAAUCCAUCAGUUUAUCUUGGGAAUAGUGAACUUGGGAUACAUUCAUCUGCUUACUCUGGGAACAGUAGCAUAAAUUCAGCAUCUUACCCUGUGUAUAAUAGACCAGGAUAUACUUCACCUCUGUGUCCUGGGAAUAAUGUACUUGGUAUAAACUAUCUGCCUUUCUCUGGAAGUGAUAAGUCCGAGUUAAAUCCAUCUUAUUCUGGAAAUGAUGGAAUGGGAAUAAAUUCCUUGACAUUCUCUGGGAAUAGACGUACAAUGAUGCCACUAACAUAUUAUGGGAAUGAUGCAUCCGUAAUAACUCCACAGACUUAUUCUGGGAAUGGGCCAAAAGAAAAUUCAUUAGCUUAUUCUGGCAGUAAUAGCUCUGGGAUAAGUGUACACACUUAUCCUGGGAAUAAUGAAUCUGGAACAAAUACUUUGACAUACUCUACUAACAAUGGACCUUCAUUGUCUUAUUGUGGCAACAAAGGAUCUGUGGUAAAUUCACAACCUUACCCCACAAACAGCAGAGACAUGUUGAAUUCACAGAGUUACACUGUAAAUAGUGGACCUGGGAUUAGUUCUUCAUCUUAUUCUGGUAACACUGGACUUGGAAUGAAGUCACCAGCUUAUCAUGAAAACAGUUCUCCAUCUUAUUCAGGCAACAGUGAAUCUGGCUUGAAUUCAGCUGCUUACUCUGGGAAUAACGGAUCUGGAGUAAAUCACAUGCGGUUCGUAGGGGGCAGCUCAUUUUCUGGGAGUGAAGUGGCUCAGCAGUAUGAAGUACUACAGAGCUAUUGUGGAAAUAGUGAAUCCAGAAUAGAUAACACGUCAUGCCAAGAAAGUACGUGGAGCAAUGACUACAUUACUCUGAACAGUCUUCCAACUAGUGGAUAUGAAGCAGCAGAUUGUGUACAAGACUUUUCAUACCUGUUUCCAUGUCAGGUGUGUGGGAACAUGUCAACUGUUGUAGAUGAACUUAUAAGACACUGGAGACUUCACACCGGAGUUGAUUCAUUGACGUGUACUGUUUGCUAUGUAUCAUUCACAGAUGUACUUUUCCUCCAGGCACAUUGGAAAGCAACUCACAUGGGAGGUGUAUGUUCUGACUCUGGAGUGGUGUUAAGAAAUCAGCCUGAAUUCUUGCCACAGCUUGUUUGUGAAGCUUGUGGCUUUUCAUUUGUACAGUUUUCUGCCCUUGAACAGCAUGUAAUGUCAACACACAUUCCUAUUACACAACACAGAGAAAGUGUGUCCUGGAGAUCAAGUAACAAUUUGGGAUCAUUGUAUGGUGGUACCAACUCUCAGCAGAAUAAUGUAGUAAACAGUAAAAAUCCUCAAGGUAUUCCAAUAAUAAAUAACCACUCCUUAGCAAAACAAUUCACAGUAUUAAAAAGUAAUAUAAUAGGAACUGAUGGCCAGGAUCACUCAGUUAUUGAACUGGAAAAUAAUGUAUUGGAAAGUAAUAUUACAGAACAUUCUAUGAUUAGGCAUUCAGCAGCAGUGGCAAAUAACGUGACAGAAUCUGAUGAUGACCCAGAAGAUGUGGACACUGAAGGAGAUCAUCAUUCAUCAGUGGACAGCAGAAAGGUCGAGUCUCUUUCUGGUCAGAAUGGAAAGCUGUUCAAGUGUAAAGUAUGUGGAAGUAACUCAUACGAUGUGAAUGCACUCAUAAAACACUGGAGGAUACAUAUUGGAGCUAAUUCCAUGACAUGUACCAUUUGUAAAAAAACAUUCUCAGAUUUGCCUUUCCUUCAAGCCCAUUGGAAGCGAUCACACUUGCAAGGUAAUCCAGUUCCAACAUCAGUCAGCAAAAAUCAUUUAGCACAUAAUGAAUCUUUGGUAUGUGAAGCUUGUGGAUAUGCAUUCCCUGAUUUAACGGCUCUUGAGCAGCAUUUAUUGUCAACACAUGUUACUGCGAGUUCAUCUCAUGUUCCUUUGAAAAACGUGAAUUAUGCAGACAAUACACAGACUAUGCCUCAUGCUCACAAACAGAAUGUGACACUAGGUAAAACAAAAUCUCUUGAUCUUAUAACUCAUAGAAUUCAAGUAAUGAAUAACUACAAGAAGAGAGAUGUAGAAAAGCAGCCAGAGACAGAGGGGUGUAAGGAAAGUGAGGACCCUGCAGAGAUGAAAGAAAAUGCGAAGAAACUAAAUAAUAAGUAUAGUGAUUUGGGUUCUAAAAGGAAUAAGGACCGUGAUUGGUGCCUAGUCUGUGGAGAAACUUCAGAUGAUAUGAUAAAACAUUUAAUAACGCAUACUGGAGUUUUGUCUUUGGAGUGUUGUCUGUGUGGAAAGGACUUUGUUGAUAUACCAUUCCUUCAAGCACACUGGAGAGCUACACACAUGGAUGGAGAGGUUUGCCAAAUUAACAAUUGUGUAUAUGUAGGAAAUUACAAAGCAAAUGUUUCUCAUAAAGAGAAGCUGUUGUGUGAAACGUGUGGUUGUUAUGUGCCUCAAAUUUCUGCCUUAGAGAAACAUAUAAUAUUGACUCAUACUGUUGUAAGACCACCAUAUGAAUGCAAGUGUGAUGAUGUGUUUCCCUCUGAAGCUGAGUUAAAGAGACACAUAUUAACAUGUAGUUGGUAAGUAAAGUUCCUGCAUUGUAUACAUGAACAGAUAAUAUUAUUUUGUGAAAUAAAAUGUUAUGAAGCCUUGUAUUAAAUGAAGUAUUCUCUGAAUAUUAGCAAUAGUAGAUUGGUAUCCUUAAUAGUGUAAUGAUAUCACUGUCUAAGAAAAACAGAAGACUAAGAACAUCAAGUUGCCUUUCUGCAGGUUGAUAUGACCAGUGUGAUCAACCAGGACAAUAAUCAAGUGUACCAAGAAUAUAUGGAGUUUGUUAUCUUUAUAUUAAAGUAAUAUGACCUGAAGGAUGCCUAAGUUCACUGACUUUUGAUGUUAUGAUCCAUAUAAAUUUAUGUUGCAGUGGCGAUUGUCUGAUUUCUUUAUUACACCCCAUCAUUAUACUUUAAUUAUUAACAGUGAAUAAUAAUUAUGACAUGACUGUGUUCAAUUACGCAUGAUAAGGAAGUCUCACAUUGUACAGUAAUCUGGUCUUUGACUUUCACCUGCAGUGGCAGGCAACUGAGAGCUGGAAAGCUGAGCUUGAGAGCUCGCUGUGAUAAUCAGCUACAUACUUCAAAGUGUGUAGUUAUCAUUAUGUUACACUAGUGUAGUUAUAAAGAGGCACAUAACCUUGCUUACGAUAAA